GCAGUUUUACCAGACGCUGAAGAAGGGUGCCCAGCUGAACAAGUUAGAGCCUGGCUGGGUCGACGCCGGCCCGUAUGGCUGGGUGUACCUUCUGAAGGAGGACAAGCUGGUCACCGACAAAGCCCUCCAAGUGAUGCAGUUGACCAAGCCAAUUCCAGACACGGACGGCCCUUUCGUUUCGCUGCCAUUUGACGGCCACAUAAUCCACAGCGGGAACAAGCAUCCCGCGCAGACGGAGCGUUGGCUGCUGGCUACGCGAUGUUGGGGUUGGAACCAAGGUUGGAAGGAGGAUCGCACGCGGGCCGACACGGCUUUUCAUCAGGCAGCCAAAGGUCACCGCGCGCAGGCCAGCGCCGCGCAGGUGGUCGCUUGCAGACCUCUAGACGGAGACCUGGCGGUUGAGAUGCAGGAGCGCCUGGCUCGCGUGGACACAGUGGCGCGCAAGGUGAUGGAGCUCUACACGAAUCAGAAGGGCAAGGACAAGACGGAGUACAGCGAUCUGCAGGUGCAGUGCCUGGUGGGCCAGGGGCUGGUCAAGCCGCAGGCCUACGAUGCUCUGACAUGGUGCCGCAAGCAAGAGAAGCUCUUCAGGCUUCAGUCGCUGGCGGCAGUGUUUCAGCACUUCAAGAGCCAGAGUCACGUCAGGUCACAGGACGACGGCGGA